CGAUGGCGCCGCGGUCACACUCUGUCCCGACAAUUCCAACCCGACGCUUGUCUGCUCUCCGCCCGCGCAUCAAACGUCGAAAAAUCGUAACGUCGCGAGUGCUACGGAGGCCAGAAGGAAAAUUCGCCAGCAAUUAGCAACACUUGGACUGCAAAACAAGAGGAAAACUGGGAAAUAUACGAGCACAAACACACCGAGUGCAGUGGAAAUCGAAAUCGCCAUUGAAUCAAAGAGCGCGUGCAUAUAUACGGGUUCCGUUGGUUCCGUUCCGUUUCUUGUCGCUUUUUCUUGCACACACUUUACCACUUUACCUUUGCGUCUCUCGUUUCGUGCGUGCGUGAGUGUGUGUGUGCGCGGAGUGUGGUGUGCGUGCGUGUGUGUUGUUUUUGUGUGUUCGUUUAACUAAAGCACAGGUAGAAGGAAAAGCAACGGAGAAAAGAAAACCAUGGGCGAAAUAUGAAUAUGAAAUUAAGUAAAUACAAGGCGACAGCAGCAGAAAACAUCCAGUAGCAACGAAAAACAACAACAACACACGUUAAUAACUUAACUUUGUGCGUCUUUCGUGUGCGCUUCACAUAGUAUUAUUUUUCUCUUGGAUUUUCAACACAAAAACACCAUGAGUGAGCGAGCGAGAGCGACGAUCGUGAUCACCGUAUCGUGAAUGAAUAUUUGUCAGUGUGUGCGAGGCGUGCUCUACGCACACACACAAGUACGUAAACAACACAACCACACACGGCCCAUCGAUCACCUGUGUGUGUGUGCGGCAUUUAAUAAAUAAUUGUGUGCAAAUAAAUGUUCCAAAAAGAAAUUGUUAAGCCAAACCAACGAAAAACGUAGAUCAACAGUGCGAAAAUUCGUCCUCGUAAUUUAAAACAGACGGUCUAAAAAGCGUAAAGUGCGUGUGUGUAGAAUUCUGGAAUUCUUCUGGAGGAUUGGAGCGUCGUUUUACGGAUACGAAAUAUCUAUACUUGCCUCUUUGCCGAAAAAGGAUGCGGCUGUAGAAGAGGACUCGCAACCAGGAGGCACACGAGAUCGAAGGAACCCACACAGGAGUCAUGUCGCAGCAAGUGUUCUCGGCGCAUCCAGCGCUGGCGGUGGAGCAGCUGCAGCAGGCGGAGCAGGAGGAGCACAACACCAGUAGUAAUCAUCACCAGCAGCGAUCGACAACACAGAGCCGCCGGCACGCCAAGGCCGCGCCCAAGAAGUUCACGCUGAGCAGAAGCUGCGCCGGCGGAGGAUCGGGAACCCUGAGCGGAGUCCACCAGCAAGUCACGCCCAGUCCAUCAAACCCCGCCAUUAGUCCGGAGUCCAGGAAAACCCUGCCCGUGCGAACAAACUACGCGGCGGUGGACGACGACGAUGACAUCGAGUGCGAGGAUGUGGACGAGGUGAACUUUGGCCAGCAGGAGAAGGAGACGGAGCGGGAGACCCGGCAACCAACCAAAGACUGUGGCACCGAUGAGACGGAUCAUGUGCAGCAGCGCCACAAACACACAAACGCAUCGACGACCUCGGCGACGGCGGCGAGCAGGCACCACCACCAGGACGGAGGAGGAGGUGACCAGAGCGAUCUGAGCAGCGUGAUCAGCUCGCCGUCGGUCAGCACAGUGUCCUCGCCCCUCUCCACGCCCACCCGGCUGCCACAGGCGCUGCAGCAGCAGCUACACUGCUGCCAGAAGUCCACGGGCAUGGAGUCCCGGGCGAGAACAUCUCCGCAACAGAUCCAGCAUCCGCACAGACAGCACCACCAGCACCAGCAUCAGCAGCAGCACCAUCAUCACCACCACCAUCACCACCUCACGGCAGCGGGUUGUGCGGGCGGAGGAGGUGGUGGCUCCGGAGGAUCGGGAUCCUGCAAGGCGAAGAAGCUCGAUCCCCGACUGAAUCCCUCGCCCUAUCGCCAGCUAUUGCCCAUCGCCCUGUGCCUGCUCUCCUUCGCGACAGUCUUUGCCACAUUAAUAGUUUACAUGGACACGACAGAGAUUCGCCAUCAGCAGUUUCGGCUUAACAUGUCGCGCGACUACGAGCUGAAUGGCGUUGCGCAAGACGAUCCCGCACUAAUUGAUUUCCUGCGCCAGAUCCACAUGGGCAAGUACCUGGGCAAGGCCUCGCCCAAGGUCGCGGCCGCGGCAGCAGUGGGCGUGGGUCCGCCGCCCCACUCCCCGCGCCUCGCCACCGCCGGCUCCACAUUCGGUAGUGGCAACAGCAGCGGCAGUGGAGCCGAUCAACUGGCCCACUACGUGGCCGAUCUGGUGGGCGGGAAGAUGAACGGAGCGGUGAUUCAGUCGCUGAGCGGUCCGCUCGCCCAUCUGAUCACGGCGCCCUGGCUGAGCGAGCAGCUCAACUGGAUGGGCGUGCUGGUGGAGCCGGAGCCGCGCUGGUACUUCACGUUGCGCAAGCAGAAUGCCCAGCGGGCGCGCAUGCAGGUGGUGCACGCCUGUGUUUCGCCCAAUACCUAUCCCAAAGAGAUUACCAUACAGAACGAUGAGGUGCACAUCAAUAGUCUGCACGACGAGGAGACCUCGUGGUUCAACUCGCGUGUCAAAUGCUUUCCGCUCUACACAAUCAUGCUGGCAUGUGAGCGCACCGAAUACGAUCUGCUCAGCCUGGGCGUACAGGGGCAUGAGCUGGAGAUCUUGCAGACGCUGCCCUUCGACAAAGUCAAAAUCGAUGUGAUAUCGAUACAUUUGCUCGAGGAUCACGAGGACGUGGCCGAUUACGUGCUGGACAUCACCAGGUUCCUGGCGGGCAAGUCCUACAAGCUGCAGCGCAAGAUCGGUCGCAACUACUUUUACCAGCGACUCAAUGCCAGCGCCAGUCGCACGCGCAAGAAAGAUAUCCUUCUGCUGAAGACGCCCUAGGCUCGAUCACCGCAACGAACGAUCCGAUCGAAGGAUCAAACUGGCAGUCAGAUGCCUAAACGACAUCGAAGUGAAGACAAGCGUUGAAAAGCGAACAUUGAACGUAGUUACUGAAAGAAAUUAAGAAAACACUUGGCAGCGAAGCGAGAGACCAGUAUAACUCUCAAACUGAACUCUAUGUUAUAAUGAUAAUUAUUACUAUACAUACGCUACACUAACGAUAUCGUUUAAUAUACUGUAUACCGAUUAUGAUAUAUUGUACGAGUAGAAUCUUAGUUUUUGUAAAACUCAAUUACCCCUACCCCUCUCAAAAACAUAUUAUAUCACCUUUAUGUUAUUAUUUCCAUUUAUUUUUUGUCGAAAUUGUUUUUUGUGCCCGUGUACGAACGAGCAGAGUACACGGAACAAUUGUGUUGAAUGAGAACACAACAUUACUAUAUACAUAUAUGCAUAUAACGUAUUAUGAUUUGCUAUAAGCUAUGCUAAUGAAUGUUAAUCUAAGAGUGCGCACGCCCCCUUUUCGAUGUAUAAAUUAAAUUGCAACUGGCGCGGCGAGUUCGGAUUAUGAACGAGAAAUUAUUGUAACUGCUCUGCUACUAGGCUUAGGUCGGCUAUCUCCUACAAACUAUCAAAGUAUCUAUCUAUGCAAGUUUAUGUUAUAUCGAAUGCUUUAUCUAGUAAUCAAUAAGUAAACAAAGCUAACGUAAAUUAUUGUUUAAACGGGCGCCAAACGACGAAGGAACGGAAGCAGCGCAAAACUAAAUACCAGAAAUAUUUAAAUUAUAUUAAAUUAUUGAACCAAACAAAGCACAUCCAUACACAUAAACACCACCAUUGUACACACAUACACACACACACUAGCGCAAGCGAAUAAAUAUAUAGUAAACUCA